CGUCCCCUACGGCGGGCGUUCUUUCCGGGGUCUAUGGGAGGGCUCUGGCGUCCGCGAUGGAGGCCCAUUGUUUUCUGUGGCUGGCGUUGGAGCCACCCUGGGUCUCCGGCCAGGGCGGCGGAGAGAGUCGAGGCGUUUCUUAGACCAGGGUGGAAUGGGAAAGGAGAUGCCGAGUGGGGGCUGAGGUGGCUCGGGACGUGGACGCGCACGAGUCCUCCAGCUCGGGACCGGGCCGUGCAGCCGCCGCGGCGGCCGAAGAGCACGAAUCCUUUCACUCGCGCGCAGGAGGAGGACUGGCGGCGGCGGAACAAGACGGUCCUCACGUAUGUGGUCGCGGCCGCCGUGGGCAUGCUGGGGGCGUCCUAUGCCGCCGUGCCCCUUUAUCGCCUUUAUUGCCAGACUACCGGACUUGGAGGAUCAGCAGUUGCAGGUCAUGCAUCAGAUCAGAUUGAAAACAUGGUGCCUGUUAAGGAUCGAAUAAUUAAAGUUACCUUUAAUGCAGAUGUGCAUGCAAGUCUUCAGUGGAACUUUAGACCUCAGCAAACAGAAAUAUAUGUGGUGCCAGGAGAGACUGCACUGGCGUUUUAUAAAGCUAAGAAUCCUACUGACAAACCAGUAAUCGGAAUUUCUACAUACAACGUUGUUCCAUUUGAAGCUGGGCAGUACUUCAAUAAAAUACAGUGCUUCUGUUUUGAAGAACAAAGGCUUAAUCCCCAAGAGGAAGUAGAUAUGCCAGUGUUUUUCUACAUUGAUCCUGAAUUUGCUGAAGAUCCAAAAAUGGUGAAUGUCGAUCUCAUCACACUUUCUUAUACUUUUUUUGAAGCAAAAGAAGGAUACAAGUUGCCAGUUCCAGGCUAUAAUUGAUGUCAGCUACUAAGUCCUGCUUCAAAUUUUUGAUUUUUGAAAAAUCAUGUAUCCUGCCUUCUUAGAGGAGAAAUAUUCUACAAUAAUGUGAACCCUAUUUUAAAU